AUGGCCAACACUUCGACCCUGGGCGCCAAGCUCAGUGGUGCGAACGAAAACUGUUGGCUGCGAAUGGGUCAGCUGGGCGAGCUGAUGAACGACAUGGACAAGGCCCUGUACUGCUAUGAGAACACGCUACGGCACAACCCCUACAGCGUGAAGGCCCUCAUGCAGAUCGCCUCCAUUUGCCGCACCAGAGAGCAGUACCCCAAGGCCGUGGAGUACUUCCAGCGGGUGCUGAACAUAGAAACGAACAACGGAGAGGUGUGGGGAGCGCUGGGGCACUGCUAUCUCAUGAUGGACGACCUGCAGAAGGCCUACACAGCCUACCAGCAAGCGCUCUACCACCUGCCCAACCCCAAGGAUCCCAAUUUGUGGUACGGCAUUGGAAUCCUGUACGAUCGCUACGGGUCGUUCGAUCACGCCGAGGAGGCCUUCACCGCGGUGCUCAAGAUGGACGCCAAGUUCGAGAAGGCCAACGAAAUCUACUUCCGACUCGGCAUCAUCUACAAGCAGCAGCAAAAGUUCGAACAAAGCCUCAAGUGUUUCCGGUACAUCUUGAGCAAUCCGCCGCGUCCGCUCGUCCAAGGGGACAUCCACUUCCAAAUCGGCCAUGUGCACGAACUCAAAAAAGACUUCCACUCAGCGAAGGAGGCCUACGAGCGUGUGCUCAAGGAUAACCCGAAUCACGCCAAGGUGCUGCAGCAGGUUGGCUGGCUGUACCACCACAACCCGCAGUUCGGCAACCAGGACGUUGCCAUCUCCUAUCUCAUGCGCUCCAUCGAAGCCGAUCCGAGCGAUGGCCAGACGUGGUACCUUUUGGGAAGGUGCUACAUGGCGCAGCAGAAGUACCGCAAAGCCUACGACGCCUACCAGCAGGCUGUCAACCGCGACAACCGCAACCCGACGUUCUGGUGUUCGAUCGGCGUGCUCUACUACCAGAUCAACCAGUACCGCGACGCGCUCGACGCCUACUCGCGCGCGAUCCGGCUCAACCCCUACCUGUCCGAGGUCUGGUACGACCUGGGCACGCUCUACGAGUCGUGUAACCAGAUCAGCGACUCGCUGGACGCCUACCAGCGAGCGGCCGAGCUCGACCCGGCCAACAAGCACAUCCAGCAGCGGCUCAACACCCUGCGAGCCCAGCUGUCCGGCAACGGAGACAUCCCGAAGGGCAAGAGCUCGCCGCCCACGCUCAAGGAGGCGGGCGGCAUGCCGGCCCCGAUCGCCAACAAGAUGGACGGCAUGAAGGAGCCGUCGGUGCCCUCGUUCAGUCACCUGGUCUCG